ACAUCAAAAAAACAUAUUACGAAUGCACAUGACAAUUAAUACGUUAUAUUGUUAGUAACAUGACAGCAACCUGACAGCAACAAUUUUGUAUUUAGCAAAUUUAAUAAUGAAAUGUAGCUAUUUACUUGUUGAUAGAAUUCACUUGAGUGCAACCCAAUAGAUAUAAUGCUGUCUCGAGUUUAGUUGCUGCAACAUUGUUGACAAUAUAACAACAAACUCACUGCAUUUGGCUAUCGAGGACAUAUCACAUUAUAUAUGUCACUCUAUAUUACUUGUAUUUUUUCAUAAUUACAUGUAGGCUGUUUUGGUGUUUUAGAAAUAUAACGAAGUCAUAUGAUUAAUAUUUAUAAUUUUUAUUCCAAUGGAAGAUUCACUGAUGAAUGAAUUUUAUUAUUAUAUUUUUUUAUUUUAGAUUAGAAAAAGUAUUCUAUAUAAAAAAUUUAUUUAAAAAAUGUAGAGCUAAGAAAUUGUUUAUUAUAAGAACUAACAACUCUUUCUAUGUGUCUCUUACAUUUAUAUAUAUAUAUAUAUCAUAGUAUAUAUCAUUUUGCUUUUUUAUAAUUAGCACUACAGAAUGUAAAGUUUUAUCUUUAAUCCAGGAAUAAUUAUCCUACUUUUUUGUUGCAUAAACAAUCACCACAAAUGAUUUUUCACUACACUUGAAAAUCAUUGCUAUUCAUUACGUACUGUAAAUUAAGGUAAUUAUUCUCGACUUCUAUACUUAUUAUUCUAUACUUACUAUAUUCUAUAUUUUACUAUAUUCUAUAUCUUACUUCUACAACUUAAAAAAUUUAUCUUGCUUCUCAUAUUUCUUAUAGAAGUAACGUUCCUAGUCGAAAAUAUUGUACUGUAUGUAUGAAAGCUGCACAAAUAUAUUUUUACAUUGAAUUUUUUUUCUCUUAUUUCCAUUUCACAUUUUGUUAUAAUAAAAAAAUUGCAUCGCAGCAGCAAAAAUUGUUCUAUGGACUUCAGCGAAAUAAUUGCAUGCAAAAACAACUGACUAAAGACAAUUUCCGUUUGUAGACUCCACCGAUGGUUACUUUCCCACGUUAUUACACGAAUAUUGCAUGCGUCUCGCCGAUCAAUUUUUCCGACACCUUCGAGUUUCGCUUCCGUAUUAAGUGCGCGUAUUUUACCUCGAUGCAAUUUGUCCGAUAAUUCUCUGAAGAUAGAAAAAAUAAAAAAUGAAAAACAAUGUAAUAAUAAAAAAAAGAGAGGAAAUGGCUACAAUAGUCAAGUAACACAAUCGGCUCUAUCGUCAGUUCUUUUAAAACCUUCGAAGCAAAUGGAAUAUCCAGAAGAGAAUUAUUAUAAACUAAACCGCUUUCUUCUAUCGGCUUGCGGACUAGAGCCUUGCCAAAGCAAGUGGAAUGCUCGUUUAAUAAGAGCUUUUAUCACGGUCAUCAUGAUGUCGUCUGCAAUUUUUCAGAUCUUGUGCUGGUUUAGAUUUGAAAUCACAUAUGAAUUUAUAGUGAAUGGGAUGCAAGGGAUUUUAAUGAAAUUGUGUAUCCUAAACAGCUUGCAUUUACGUAUCGGAAAUGUAGACAAAGUUAAAAUAUUAUUCGACCGCAUAUCAAAAGACUGGGCAUUGCAAAAGACACAUGGUGAGAUCAAGAUUAUGCGCGAACACGCUGAGUUCUCAAAACUAUUCACAUUCUGUUGGACGAUCUUGUCGUAUAUAAGCAUGAUGGGAUAUUGCAUAUGGUUGUGCACACCAGAAAUUCUCAAUGUUUUAAUGCCCAUGAACGAAUCUCGACCGCGGAAGACACCCUUUAAAGAUGAAUUCUUUUUAGAUGAAGAACGAUACUUUAUCCUCAUUCGUUCCCACAUGUGCUUUGCACUUCUAACCAUACCUAUAGUUUUCGUUACGGGUUUCACUUUAUUUAUGACUCUCACACAACACGUUUGCGGAAUGUGCAAGUUAUUGGGGUCUCGCGCAGAACGCUUAUUUCUCGUUGUUGAAGACAGAACGGAAUGCGAUUUAAUUCAGGAGUCACAAAUAAGAAACAAGAACAUGAUCGUUUUUAUACAGCAGCAUUACAACAUUAUACAAUUCGUUGAUAUAAUUGAAACUUAUCACACAACACUGAUUUUAUCGGAUCUCACAGGAAUGAUGAUUAUGUUCAGUCUUACGUUAAUCCAGAUAUUAACUAUUCCUAAUAUCGAGGGUGCUAUUAGAUCUCUUGGUAUCUCUGUUGCAUCACUAUGUUAUUUAUUCGUAUGUUGUUACAUGGGACAAAAGAUAACGGAUGAAAGUUUGAGCGCAUAUGAAAAAAUAAAAAAAGGGAGAGAGAGAGAUAAGCAAUAUUUAAUGUGCGCUCUGGAGCAAGCCACCUCAAGCGCAGAUAAAAAGAGUACAAGAAGAGAGGGGAGAGAGAGAGAAUGUGAGAUAGUGAGCAGGGUUAUUAGUGAAGACAGAAAAAAAUAUUUCCUGAAUUUUUUGCGGUACUUUUGGGGAAAAAUUCCUUGACUGAAGCCAAAACGAAACACUUAAUAAAAAUUUAAAAAGAUA